CAUGGAUGUGGCCAAGGUUCGGGUCUUGGCGCAGUGAGCUCCGCCUUAUCGAUAACAACUUUUUUGGAGAGUGGCGGCGAGUGCCGCUUCUUGCUCACGUCUGUACUUCGACCUCAUCGACCUCCAACUACAUUUCCACAAUUUGCCCCCGUUUCAUUCGCAAUCUCAGAUCAACAAACCGUACAACCAUGGCUUCAAAGCGUACUCUCGUGUCAAUACCAACUAUCGCAAGGUUGGCCUCACCGGCCCCAGCCAGAACCUCGGCAACGCUCUCCCUCCUUCGUUCGAGACGGCACCUCCCCGUAUCUGUCGCAUCAACCACAGUCCGCCUUGCCCAUAGCAUCCCCCGGCCACGAAACGGCUCUCCGUUCAGCCAAAGCCAACAACCAACAACCCCGACUCCCACCCGCUCAGGAUCGACCCCAACAACCACCGCCACAUCCACACCCACCUCGACACCCUCCUCACAACCCGACCCGGCCGAGCCCCAAUCCCAGCCCCAACAACAAGCCGCCCCCAACAUCCGCCAGCAGCCGCACUACGAGCUGACCUUCACCUGCCGGCCGUGCGACACGCGGUCGCGGCACCGCGUGUCCAAGCAGGGGUACCACCACGGGUCGGUGCUGAUCGCGUGCCCGAGCUGCAAGAACCGGCACGUCAUCAGCGACCACCUGCGCAUCUUUGGCGACAAGGCCAUGACGGUCGAGGACCUGCUGCGCGACAAGGGCGAGCUGGUCAAGAAGGGCACGCUGGGCGAGGAAGGCGACCUGGAGUUUUGGGAUGACGGGACCAGUAGUGUGAGGGAGCCCUGGGCGGAGGUCGAGGCGGCUAAGGGGGAGGGGGAGGACCUGCCGCCUGGGUCGACUUUUAAGAGCGUUAGGUCGGGGGAUAGGAAGGUGGAGGAAUAAUGGGUGGCUUCCUGCUUCCUGGUGGAGCUGUGUGGGGUCGAGGCAGCACGAAUGUGUAAGGGGGCGGAUGUAUGAUGACCGCGGGGAGGGGAGAUGGAGCGUGUACGAUGUGAGUGGAUCUGACGACGGCGCUGGCAUACCCGAGAACA